CAUCCAUGUACGUGCCCGCAAAUGCCGGAAUUUUCUGUCUCCUUCUCAUGCAUGUCCGUUCUCUGCUUCUCUCUGUUGCUUUGACAUGCUCUCGCUUCUUCCCAUGGCCAUGCCUCGAAACUACCUUUAUUCACAGCUCCGCGCAGCCAAGAAGAAACCUCCGACGCAUGCUGGCAGUGAACAGGGGUGUGCCACGGGGCGGACGGCCAAUGCCUGUUUCAGGAGAUAGUACUUUCUUUUUGCAUACUUAAGCAUCCACAGCUGUGGCGGCCAGAAUGAACUUCGGGUUGCGGGGUUCCCGGGGGGACCUCGAGGCAGGCACACUAUCCCCCCCAGAACGAGGGGCGACGCGAGGGUCUCCUCUUUUUCCAGGUGGCGCCAGCAACAGGCCAGGACCGAGGCAGUCGAACCCCGCUGCGUUCCUGGUCACAAUCCUGCUCCUAUUCCUGGUUCUGAACUCGCAGCAGGUGUCGCCGAACUUUCUGCUGUGGGUGGGAGUAGGCGUCUUCUUCAUGGUUACAAGCCUCCGCAUGUACAGCCUCUGGCAUCAGGUCCAAUCGCAACUAGGCGGGGCGACCGUUUUUGCCGGCGACCAGCUGCGCAUGAGCCAGGGCAUGCAGCUGUGGAGCCUUUACCGCGGGCCGCGCGACGCCUUCACCGGGCUGCGCUUACAGCUGGCGCUGCUCGAACGUGACUUUGAUGAAUUAGACUAUGAUGCACUGCGGGCGCUGGAUCCGGACAACCCACCGGACGUGCGCGCAUUCUCUGAGGCCGAGAUCAAUGCCCUCCCCUGCUACCCCUACAAGACCCCCCCCCCUCCCUUGCCCGCCAUUUCAGACCCCCUCCCGGCUGACCCCGCAAAGGGGGUCUUCGGAACGCAGGGCACUGACCCCCCCAACGUGGACGAGUUGACGUGCAGCGUGUGUUUAGAGAAUGUAACGGAGGGGGAGCUGGUGCGAACGCUCCCUUGCUUACAUGGGUUCCAUCAAAAGUGCGUGGACCGGUGGCUCAGGCAACAAGCGACGUGUCCCGUGUGCAAAUUCAAGUUGGGGACAGUUAGUAGCCCGGGUUAACAGCGACCAGAAUGUGGGUGAAGACAGGGGUCAACUUGGUUUACGGUAAUUAGUGGUGAAGGGCGUGUUAAGCUCCGGUGAAGAAAGCGCCAACUGAGCAACGCUGGCUCAGAUGCGCCUAGCGGUAUUGAGUUUGUUAACCUGGUGUUGGCAAGGGCCCAUUUGACCUUUAUUUUUCCAUGAGGAUUGAGCUUUGAUUAAUGCUGGGUUUCGACGGCGACGCUUGGGGCGGGUUGAGCGGCUGUAGUCAAGGAUUUGAAAUCUGAUGGUUACAUGUGCGUUGAGGGCAGUGGAAAGAAUGCAGAGGCGCGCGAGCAGCAAGCGCUGCAGCGCAAUUUGGAAAAAUUUGCAGGGCAAUUGGGUCCGUUGUCUACAGGAAUCUCUUUCGUGGAACAGGUGUCGAUUCUGCUCGAGAUUAACUGCACGUGCGUCUAUAAAAGAGGAGGGUUGGCUGUGGAUUCCAAACAGCGCGGCAAGACUUAGGUAGGAAGAGCCACAGAAUUGCCUGAUCGUUGCAUGAAAUGUACAAUAAACCUUAUAGUCUCUCCAAUGGGAGCUGAACAGAUGAAUCGCGGGUUUGCUAAAGGCCGUGCUGUACAGGACAGACAAGUACGUGAUUAUAUUAAACUGUCUUCGUUUUACUUUCGGCCGAAUUGGAGAAUCAGUCCUCCUGUUGCGAACAUAGUAUAAGAGUUGUCAAGCGAGCAACCGAAUUUCCAUGAGUUCUGCC